AUGGAAGAAAAUCCCAACAAUAUAAUCAACAUGGGCAGCCAACAGAUUCCUGCUUUUUCCGGGAAGAGAACCAAACACCACGACCCUAACAAUCUUGUGGGAUUUCAAAGCAUGCAGAAGCCUGUGGAAUUGCAUGGUGAUGGUGGUGAUCAUCAGGUGCACUACUUGUCGGGACGUGAGAGGCUGAAGAGGCACCAAGAGGAGGUAGCUGGCCGGGUGGCUAUCCCCGAUUCAUGGGAUCAGGAGGACCUGCUCAAGGAUUGGAUCGAUUAUUCUCCGUUUGAUGCGCUGUUGGUUCCAAAAGGACUCACUUCAGCUCGUGAAGCACUUGCCAUGGAGGGACGUCGAGCAAGUAGUUCUCAAGGAGUGCUGAGAAUAGAGAGUAGGUGUUGA